CAGACGCUACCGACAUAGUUCAUAGUUGAAUGUUGUGUUGUCGCCAUUUCUGAUAACUUAUAAGGAAAACAUUUUCAUGUUUGUAUAUAAUUAUUGCAUGAGAUAUUAAAUACAAAUAUUAAGUACAAAAUGAAGGAAGAAAUUGAUCCAGCUAAGUUAAAAGUGGUAGAAUUAAGGCAGGAGUUAAGUGCCCGUGGUUUAGAUACAAAAGGAGUUAAAGCUGUGCUCGUGGCUCGAUUGCAAGAAGCUCUCGAAAAUGAAUCAGGCAAUGAUACUACUCAAGAUACAACUCAAGAUAAUGACUCUGCUGAAGAAUCCGAUUCACAAGUGAAGGAAGAUGACGAAGCAGAAGAAGCUCAUGCUGAAGAAGAGUCAGACGCAGAAAAAGAACAAGAAGUUCAAGAAGAACUAGAACAACCAGAAGAUAAGGUAACAGAAGUUGUUAAAGAAGAUAAACAAAAGAAAGUCGAAGAAAAAGAAAAGAAAGUUGAAGAAAAAGAAAAUAAGGUUGAAGAAAAAGAGGAAAAGAUCGAAGAAAGGAAUAAAAAAGUUGAAGAGAAAGAAAAAAAGGUUGAAGAAAAUAUUGAGAAAAAAUCUAGAAAACGGAAAAGAGAAGAAGAUGACGAAGAAACCAAUGAAGAGAAAAAGGAGGGAAGUGAAGCUGUUACUGAAGAAGCUAAACCUGAAGUAACUGAACCACGUAACAAAAAAUCACGAUGGGGUAAUGUAUCUGAUACCCAGGAAACACCCGCGGAAGAAGAAAAAGCGGAAUCAAAAGAGGAUGUCGAAAAAGAUGAUAAAGAGAAAGAUAGUAAAGACGAACAAAAACGUGAGAGUCGUGGGGAGAAACGUCGUCGAAGUAGUUCACCACGACGAAGGUCUCGUGAACGUUCACCAAGGAAACCGGAUGAUGAACCAGAAUUUGAUGAAAAUGCUGUUUUGUUAUCAUGGUUUGAUUCAGAUCUCCAUUUAGAUAUUGUAAAGAAUGAUUUUUACUCUGCAAGACCGGUACCUGAUAUCGAUUUGAAUGGAUUAUGGUCUGGAGCACGUGCAACUUACGGUGUGGAUAAGCAUAAAACAUUCUAUGAAGUGAAAUUGCUUGCUAAUACCAAACAACCGGAUGCCGUUAAAGAUGAAAAGAAUCCAUUUUUGGUACGUCUUGGUUGGUCCACACUAAAAUCAUCUUUACAAUUAGGCGAAGAUGCUAAAUCAUAUGGCUUUGAUAGUACCGGCAAAAAGGCUACAGAUAAGAAAUUUGUUGCAUAUGGUAAAACAUUUGCUGAAGGAGAUGUCGUAGGUACAUAUUUGAAUUUGGAAUCGGAUCCAAUUACAAUUGCAUUCACAGUAAAUGGAGAAAAUCAAGGAGUUGCAUUUCAAAUUCCUAAAGCUGAUUUGGAGGGUGAAGCUUUAUUCCCACAUAUUAUUACCAAAAAUAUGUCAUUUGAUGUUAAUUUUGGACAACAUCCUAAUAAAUGGUGCAAUGUGACUGAAAAACCCGAAACAGAUCGUGUAGAUUAUGUCGAUGAAGAAGAAGAACCCGUGGAACCACCUCCGCGUGAGAGAAAGUUUCAUCAUAGAGGACGUAGAUCUGAAAGAUCUGAUAAAGGCGAUAGAGGAAAAUCUGAUAAGUCCGAGAAAAAUGAGAAAUCUGAAAAAACCGAAACCAAUGGAGAUAAAGAAGCUGAUAAACCUAAUGGUGAUGUAGAAGCCAGUGAGGAAAAUAAGAAUGAGAAACCUAACGAUGAAGAAAAUGCUGAAAAGAAAGAGGGUGAAGAAGAAAAUGUAGAUGAAAAUAAGGAUGAGAAAGUAGAAACAGAUGUAAAAGAAGAAAAAGAGGAAAAAGAUGAAAAGGAUGCAAAGGAAGAAAAGGGUGAAGAUAAAGAAGAAAAAAUGGAAACAGAACCAAUUGAAGAGAAACCUCAGGAAGAAGUAGUCAAAAAACCAAAGGAGAAAGUUUUAUCUGUUUACAGUUGGGAUCCAAUAACUGAUGAUUUUGUCGCCAUUGGAACGUUAGGUGUCGAAGAUCGUGUUAAAGGACCUUCACGGGUGGCUACAAGAGAAGAGUGUGAGGUUAUUAUGAUGUGUGGUUUACCAAUGUCUGGUAAAACUUACUGGGUCAAUAAACAUCUUGAAGAGAAUCCUGAUAAACGGUACACGGUUCUUGGACCAUCACAAAUUUUACAAAGAAUGACGAUUCAAGGGCGUCCAAGAAAAUCAAAUCGUGCUCAAUAUCUACUAGAUCGUUGCACCAAGGCAUUCAACAAAUUAAUAGAAAUAGCCAGUUUACGUCGCCGAAAUUAUAUUCUUGAUCAAACGAACAUACUCCCGAGUGGGCAAAGACGCAAAAUGCGUUCAUUCGAAGGGUUUCAACGUCGAGCUGUCGUAAUAGUACCAUCUGAAGAGGAAUAUGCAAAGCGCCAAACCAAGCGCGCUGAGACCGACGGUAAAGAUGUGCCAGAUUCCGCUGUUUUAGAGAUGAAAGCUAACAUGUCUUUACCCGAAUUAAAUGAUCCAUUUAUUGAGGUGAAAUAUGUGGAACUAGAUGAAACUGAAGCAAAGGCAUUAGUCGAAAAGUAUAAUGAAGAAGGGCGAAAAGCUGGUUACGGACCACAAUAUUCAAGUAAACGACCACGCAAUGAAUGGAAUGAUCGCAGAAACUUUUCACGCCAUGGACAAAAUCGACGUUCAAAUCGAUGGGGAGAUGAAAGACGUCAUGAUAGAAGACCUAUGGGUGGUGGUGGUGGAGGUUGGGGUGGUCCCGGAGGUAGACAUGGAGGAGGAGGUGGAGGUGGUUGGGGUCCACGAUCUGGGGGUGGAAGAGGUCCACCACCACCAAUACGUGGAGCUGGUUAUGGCCUAGGUGGUCCAACAGGUUGGGGAAUGGGUGGGGGAGGCGGUGGUGGCCGAUCAGGCAGUGGAUAUGGCCGCAGUGGUGGAGGUGGAGGUAGUGGCCGUAGUGGUGGUGGCUAUGAUCGUCCUCCAGCCAUACGUUCAGGAGGAGGUGGUGGAGGAAGUGGCGGUGGAAGUAACAGAAACCGAUCAGGAGGUAGUGGAGGCGGUAGCGGUGGCAGCAGUGGCGGUGGAAACAGAAAUAGAUCAAAGUCGCAAAGCAGUUGGGGUGGCAGCCAAAGUGGCAGCGGAUCUGGUGGUUGGGGAGCUGGUGGUGGGCAGGGCUGGGGUAAUGGUGGACAAGGUUGGUCAGGAUUUGGAAACUCAGGUCAAUGGAAAGGAUAUAACCAGGGUUCAACAAAUUCCGCAAAUUCAAAUUCAGUUAGUGGUAGUGGGAGCGGUGGUGCAAACUCCUCUUCCCAAAAUAGUUCAAUGGCUGCACAACAAUCCUGGGUAAAUUAUCCAAAUUAUGCUCAAUGGAGUAAUUAUUAUGGACAAUAUGGAUGGGGAUCGGGUCAAGGUGCAAAUGCAGCAACCCAACAAAUGUACAAUCAGUAUUCACAACAAUGGGCACAAUAUGCUCAACAAGCAGGCUACGGAAGUGGAUACGCUACAACAACAGCAUCCAAUCAGCAAUCAAAGAAAGAGGAGAAAAAAUCAUCGGCGUGAAAUUCCAAAUAAAUAAAUAAUGAAUAUAUAAAUAUUUAUAUUCAUAAUAAGAUUGGAAAAAUUUUAUCAUACUUAUAUUUUUUACUAGGCCGGAUUUAAAAAAUAUCUUUUCAUGUAACAAAAUUGCACGGCUAAAAAUUAUUUUUUAUCAAUUUCUUUGAUAUUAAUCUUUUUGAGGAUAAUGUUUUAGCAAUAAAUUCACUGCAUGAAAAGAAACGGAACACCUUUAGGUGAUUUUUCAAUUAUAUUCGAUUAAUUUU